AGGACAUUGCGAGUGAAGUGACAUUUGUUCUGUUGACAACAGAUUCUUCUUCUUUUCCAAUCAUUCAGAAAUGUACGUCAAUUGGAUUUAGGCACACUCUAGCAUCUCUAUACAGAGAAGUGGCGCAUUGCUGCUUUUCACUUGAUUCUUUGAGGACAGGUAUGCAUUUAAUGUUGCAGGUCAGCUAACUGGCUGGCAUUUAUAGUAUAGACACAAACUGACUUCCUACUUCUUAUCUGACCAUCUUCAAAGCCAGCAAACCGAUGACCCGUGAACACUUAAGUAGUGACAGUAUCCUCUUUUUAAUCGUUCAGCGUGGUUUGCUGUUUUUAAGAAGAGUUAAAGGAUUGAAGUUGCACUGUUAAGGAGUCAGUCACUAGAGGCAGCGGUGAAUGGUUGAGUCAGUUUCCUCCUCAUAGAGUUUCAUGAUAAUGCCAUCUCACUGAGUGUCCAUUGAGGUUGCCCCAGCACCCUGACUUGAAUGGCUGUGUGCAGAGGGGGUGUCUCUGUUUGGGUGGGGUGUGCCAGGAACCAUGGUGGCAGACAACCAAUGACGAAACAGUGCUGGAGUCUAUGUCAGACAACUGAGUUUCACCUGAAUGACAACUGUAGGACUCUGAGCAGUGCAUCAUGGGCCUUGGCCACUCCGAACUGUCUUCGCUACCAGUCCGUUAAACAGCCAGCCCUAUCCCAUCCCUUCCACCAUGCCUGCCAGCCCAAUAGAGCUCCCAGCCUGGAGGAGGCGGAGUGGGAGGAGGCCGUCAGCCUGUGUGUCUUGCUCAAACCCGGAGAGACCGAUGUGCAGCACACAAUGGUGGAGGUGCCACUGCUCGGGCAAGCCAAACUAAGCGAGCUCCUGGCUUUGGGGCCCAAUAAACACUUUGACUUGUUUUUUCCUUUAACCACUGUUGAUGGCAGGAGAGAGGAUGAUAUAAGCAUUACCAGAAAGGUAGGGACUGAGGUAAAGCCCCAGCAGGAGCUGAGGGAUAGCGGCUCCUUCAGGAGUCUGUUUGAGACUGAGGGAUGUCCCGCACCGUUUAUGUUGGGAUCUUGCUUCUAUUGCUUUCAUUGCCCCAGGAUAGAGUCUCACUCGGAGACAGAGGACAAAAUAAUAUGGGGACAGGAAGAGCAGAGCUUCUGUCCAGCCCUCCAUGUCACACAUUGCAGCCAUGCUAAGAUGGAGAGUGUGGACAAGAGUUCUAGUCAGAAGGACAUGGAGAAUGAGGAAAAACUUGCCCUCAUGUACGAAAAGCUGAGGGUGGAGCUGCCCAGUUUCUUUGUGAAAAAUCAUGACUACAAUAUGUACUCUGAAGAUGUCGAGUUCAUCAAUGGUCUUCUGAACACCAAGACAAGGGGCCGUGUGGUAUACCAGAUGACUCUGAAACUUUGGCGAAUGAUGUGUCUGUGUUACUAUGCGGAGGCUCAGCUGGAAGUGCUGAAGCUGACCAAGCAUCCAGAGGAUGGCUCCAUUAAAGCUCGCUGGAGAGUCAAAGGCCUCCCCUUCCAUUCCCUUCUGGUGUUCUUCUACAAAAAAGACAAGAGCCAACUCUACAAAACUUAUGAUGCAUUCUCCACCUUCUAUCUUGGCUCUGAUGGACGAAUACACUGUCAUAAAGUUGAAAAGGUUAUGCAGGCUCGCCCUCCCUUGCUACCUAAAGUGACCUCCGUGCUGGCCGGGGCUUUGGUGACUCUGGGUAUUCAGGAACACCGACCAGCCCUCAACCUGCUCCCACUUUUGCUGUCUUCCAUCCGACAGGCCCGAGCCUGAGCUGCAAGAUGCGUAUGCACAGCAGGAUGUGUGUUUUGUUACACCAUUAAAAAGACUGAAAAAGAUGCAGAGCUUAAGAUAAAAAGAGAGCCACAUUGCGAGUCUUGAGUGAAAUGCAGAAAAAGAACAAACUAGUUAAAACUGUUGUCGUUUGAAACCAUUUCCUGUGUGCACUCUUGAAUUUAAAUGACGUACACUUAUAUCAGAUAAGGGUCCCACUUUAUAUUAGGUGUCUUUUGACUGCUAUGUAAUACCAUUAAAAUACAUACAAUACAAUUUAUUGUGUAACUACACGUUUUUUUCUGCAAAAUUCUCACUAGACCACAUUUGAUGCUACAUAGGGUGAGAUUCAGGUAUGAUUUUGGAAUAGGAGACAGGGUUUCGUGUAAGGGUUGGGGUAAGGUUAACAGUGUAAUUACAGAUGUAAUUCAUCACAGGUACUUUAAAUGUAAGUACAAUGCAAAAACAUGUAUGCACAUACAGUAAUAUGUACAUUGUACCAAAUGCUUAACUACAUAGUAGUUAAAGACACCUAAUAUAAAGUGGUUGCAGAUCAGUUCUAAACACUCAUGCAGAUGUACAACUAGUUUGAAAUGCAACAGCUUUCAAAGUCUAGCUUAAUACAUAUUACAGUAUAAGACAAGAUAACCCAAUAUCCCUCAUCGUUGGAGCCAUCAUUCACUAAACGGUAGAUUAUUUCUUAACACAAUUAUGGAUUUGAUGCACACAAUAACUUUAAUUUUAAAAGGCCCUGGACAAGUGGCCAACUGUAAAUACCUUGAGGCAGCUUUGCUGAGACGGUUUCUGGUCUGUUGUGUCUGCUGUAAAAACAAGCUUCAUUUAAGCACAGUCCAAAUAAAAAGAUUUAAUCAGGGAUACUCCAGAUAACAGUGGAAAUGAUUAUCAGGAAAGGUGAUGUCUAAAUUGUAUUGUCUAUAUUGAACGGUUUGCUUAAUUAUGUAUUUUUUGUAUUAACAUAUUCAUUGGAGAUUUCAUCAGUUGCAUUGAUUGAAUGUUGAGUGAAUGCUUCAAGGAUGGUUCCUGAAAAUAAACACUCAGCUAAUUAAUUUACCAAGUAGCUUAAAUCAAUUAAAGUCUUUAGGGUUGCUGGCUUCUUUGUUAAAUUUAAGGGAAAUAAUGCCAGGGACUGCUUUUGAGAGUAGAAAAGUUGUUUCUGUUAUGGAAUUGUGCUUGUUUGACCUUUACUUUAUUUAUUUGCCAGUUUUCAACAUGCGAGUCAACUGGUGACACUUAGUGAAGACAACUCUAGCUCUCACAAUGCCAAAUCUUGUUCUGCACUGGUCUUACUUUAAAUGCCACACCGUCCAUGUAAAUUAAAACACUCUUUUAUGUAAGACUACAUGCUUAUAAAAUUAAAUCUUUCCCCAUCCUUACCAUUGCAUGGGUUAUUGUUAUCCAGGUUAAUUGUUCAGUUUGGCUCCGAUUUAUUCAUCUCCACCAGUUGGCUUUGUGACAGCUCAUUUGUUGGUGUUCACAAAAAUACAAAUUAUUUCAGUUUUAUCAAGAACAUUUCCAAGUACUUAAGCCUCCAUUGGUAAAUACAUAGAAAAAACAUGUGAGAAAGUAAAGAAAAAGGCAAUAUUAUGCAUGAGAACACAUCUGUUUCAAGUGCUUGUGCUUUUAAAUGAACGCUUGGUCACGCAGUAAUCUGUACAACUCAAAUAAUUCCAAAGGGUAAGAGCCUGUUAAAAUGGAAGCAUAUGAAAACACAAGUCAGUGGUCUUCUACACAAAUUACCCAAAAACCUGGUGUGAAUGUAUUGUGUGAAAAUAAAAUGCAU